GUUGGGGGCGCUGAUGAAGCAGGCUGAGCAGAGGAAGCAGAGGAGGCUGGAGCAGCAUCAAGGGUGCAGGAGCGCCAUUUCACUUUUCAUUCAUUGGUGACGAGGCCUGCAUCGUUUUUUAGGGCACCCAGAACUUCAUCAUGGUGAAAAUUUUUAUUGGCAACCUUGCUUGCAAUGCCACAGCUGAGGAGCUGCGUGAACUGUUUGAGAAGUACGGCAAAGUCUCAGAAUGUGACAUUGUCAAAAACUAUGGUUUCGUGCACAUGAACAACAUGUCCGAGGCAGAGGAGGCCAUACAAAACCUCCACCAGCACGAGCUGCACGGCUGGCGCAUGAAUGUGGAGAUGAGCAAAGGGAGGCCCAAGUCCACCACCAAGCUGCAUGUCAGCAACCUUGGCGAAGGGGUCACCAGCGAAGUUCUGAAGGCCAAGUUUGAAGACUUUGGCUCCGUGGUUGAGUGUGACAUAGUGAAGGACUACGCCUUUGUUCACAUGGAGCGAAUGGAGGACGCCAUGGAUGCCAUCGAAAAGCUGGACAACACAGCCUUCAAAGGCAAGCUGAUGAGCGUACAGCUGUCCACCAGUCGGCUUCGCACUGCCCCGGGAAUGGGAGAUCAUACCGGCUGCUAUGUCUGCGGGAAACAUGGUCACUGGUCGAAAGACUGCCCAGUCAGUCGGAACGGUAGCCACGGUGACGCCGCAAGAGGUCGCAGCGGGCGGGCCCCCCCACACGGCCCCCCAAGUUAUGGCAGGGGCAGCUACGGGAUGGCCGCACCUCCAGCAGCUGAUUUCAUGGGUGGCUCUGCGUAUAGUCGGGCUAGUUACGUAGGUGGCUUUCCGCCGCCUCCCCCUCGCAGGCUCAGCUCUGAGCUGGGGGAUAGGUACGCCAGCAGAGCAGGCCCCUACGCUGAGAGAUCAUCAGCUUAUGAUCGUGACCGUCUCUAUAGCAGUGUUGACUAUUAUGAGAAGUACAGAGCUCGCCCUUAUGGCUCAAGCUAUUUCGAGGAUCGUCGCAUGCCCUAUCUCCCCCCCCCCCCCACCCCCCCCUUCCUCCCUCUCAAAGCUCUCCUCCGGUAUAGAUCCAUACGACCGCCGGCCAAUGCCUCCACCUUCUUCAGCCGCAGCAGCUGCAUCAUACUAUGCACGAGACCGAAGCCCAAUCAGAAGAGUACCAGCAGUCUCCCCAGCAGGCUACACCUUUGAGCGAACACGGCUGUCGCCGGAGUCAGGCACCAGGAGCUCCUAUGGUGUGACACGACCCAAGGAUAACUACACGCCACGCUAUACGCCUUACUAAAGCCAUGAUGCCAAGGUCUGUUUGUGAACUGCAGGACUUCCCCUUUGCUGACACUUCUUCAAGCUACAUGAUUCCAGCUGUCUGCAAGAUGAAAGUGUAUGACACGUCAAAACAAUUAGGAAUUGUGUUGGCAUCUUCCAGGCACCUGCGAUCCCAGCUGCCUGCAGAAGAAUCAUCCUUUCAGUCACAUCCAUAUAACCAUAAGGAUGAUUUAGAAAGCUGCACUGUUUGACACAUAAAACAGUAAUUUGCUCACUCGCUCUGCAGCUUCUCAGUUCGGUUUUUAUCCAUGUCUUUUUUUCAUAUUGUGUUUCUUCCUCACAAGAAGCAAAUUGUUAAAUUCUGCAAAUGUUAAUUGUUUGGCUUCUGUUUCUUAUUUAGAAAAAGAGUUUUCGUUUUAUCAUUGUAUGAACAUUUAUCUUCCUUUUUGAAUGGGAUGAGGGUUAACGCGUGCUCUAUCAGUUGAUUGUAGUGCAGAAGAAGAGAGACACGUCUUGACAUGAUCUGGGGUCAGUUUUAUGGAUGUGGAUAAAGAAUGAAUUUGACAAUAUGCUGUGGAGGUCCAUGACUCAUCAGGUGUGUUUUAUUGCAACUAAAAUUAAAUCCUGCUGGAGGUCAGCACACACAGUAAGCUGUCUUAUGUUGGGUGGGAAAAGACUUUUUUUCCCUCUCUGCAGCACAGGGAACGAACUCAGUGAUACACACUGAACAAGACAUGAAUCCAUAUCCAUGCAACUGACUGUUCAGUUAGGAUACAGAAUCACCUUUGAGUUCAAUUCAAAGGUAAGAAGAAGAAUCUUAAACAUUCCAGCCUCAUUUUUCUGUAAUUUGAUUGUCUACAAAAAUGAUUGAUCAGUUUUCUAAUGCACAACGAGGUGUCUGCUGAAGUCAGAAUUCCUGAAAUAAAAGUGUCAUCGUGUGACACUGAAACAAGAAUGUUGGCUGACAUGCACUGUGCAACUAAGGAACGUCUGGACUGUGUUUUCUUCUCCUUGCUGAUGUUUCAGGCUCUGCCCACAGUGGACAACAGAAAAUAACCCAUCAUGUCUUGAAAUGUAGUCCGGAAUGGAUGUUCAUACUCUCUGUGUAAUGCAGCAUAAGCAGAUAAAGAAAUGUGAGGCGGGACUCAGGGCUCGUGCUGUAUCUGUGCUGAGGCACUGGUGUUUUGUUGAAGGUGCCUCUGUUUUGCAUAUAGGUGGAGUUGAAGUUUGUAUUUUUCGUACUAGCUGUAAAGGUACCAGCAUACGUUAAAAAUCUCAAAUUAAUCUGAUUUUUAAUAAAACCAAAAUGACUUUGGUCACACCUGA